UUGUGACCAAAUAUUUACCUGCAAGACAACUAACAACAGAUAAUAGAAAUUCAGCCCAAGGCUGCCGCCACCAGAAAGGAUGAUGGAGCCUGGGAAAAUCUUGGAUCCCCCAUCAGAUACAAGCAGCACUUUGAAAAACCACAAAUGUCUGGAAUGUGGGACAUUUUACUGUGAAGAAGCCACCUUCACAAACCACGAGAGAAUUCACACAGGGGAGAAAAACAAAAAGUGCCUUGAAUGUGGGAAAUGUGAAGCGAGACUUCAUACUGGAGAGAGACCCUAUGAAUGCCCAGAAUUUGAACAACAAUUUAUAAAUUCUUCUGAACUUCAGAAACACCAGAAGCGACACAAUGAAGAGAAACCCUAUAAAUGUGGGGAGUGUGGGAAAAGUUUUCUUGAACAAAGGAAGUUUCAAAGUCACGAGAGAAUCCACACAGGGGAGAAGCCAUUCAAAUGUGGGGAGUGUGGGAAAUGCUUUUCCGAAAAACACAACCUUGGAAGGCAUCAGAGGCUCCACACAGGAGAGAAGCCACACAGUUGCGUAGAAUGUGGAAAAUCUUUUGCUCGAAAUGGAGACCUUUGGAGUCACCAUAAAACCCACACAGGGGAGAAACCGUAUCAAUGCAAUGAAUGUGGAGAAUUUUAUCGCACCACAUCAGCCCUUAGAAAUCAUAUUAAAAUUCAUACAGGGGAACAAAAUUACAAAUGUUUAGAGUGUGGGAGAACAUUUUCUAAUUCAUCUAAUCUUAGAAGUCAUAGCCGAAUCCAUACAGGCGAGAAACCCUAUAAAUGCUUGGAGUGCAAUAAAUGUUUUUCUCAAAAAAGUAAUCUUGUGAUACAUCAGCGAAUCCACACUGGAGAGAAACCUUAUCAAUGUCUGGAAUGUGGGAAGUUUUUCCGUGAAAAAGCCACUCUCACAAACCACGAGAUGAUUCACACAGGGGAGAAACCUUACAAAUGUUGGGAAUGUGGGAAGAGCUUUUCUCAGAAGGCAAAUCUUUGGGUCCAUGAGAAGAUCCACGCGGGAAUCAAACCUCACAAAUGCUAUGAGUGUGGAAAAUGUUUCACCGAGAGUUCAUCUCUUCGGAGUCAUGAGAAAACACACCGAGGGGAGAAAAACGAAAAGUGCCUCGAAUGCGGGAAAUGUUUUAUCUUGAAAUCAAACCUGCUGCAACAUCAGAGACUCCACACCGGAAUAAGACCCUAUGAAUGCGCAGAAUGCGAGAAACGAUUUCUAACUUCUUCUGAACUUCAGAGACAUCAGAAAUGGCACAAAGAAGAGAAACCCUAUCAAUGUGGGGAGUGUGGGAAAGGUUUUAUUUCACAGUACCGUGUUCAGAUUCAUCAGAGAAUCCACACAGGAGAGAAACCGUACAAAUGUGGGGAGUGUGGGAAGUGCUUUAUCCAAAAAUGCGAUCUUGGGAGGCAUCGGAGGGUCCACACAGGAGAGAAGCCAUACAGCUGUGUAGAAUGUGGAAAAUCUUUUGGUUAUAAGGAAAUACUUUGGAGCCAUCAAAAAAUCCACACAGGGGAGAAGCCUUAUCAAUGCGUCGAGUGUGGGAGAUUUUAUCGUACCACAUCAGCCCUUAGAAGUCAUGUGAACAUUCACAUGGGGAAAAAAACCUACAAAUGUUUAGAGUGUGGGAGAUCGUUUGCUCGGUCAUCUCUCCUCAGAAGUCACAGCCAAAUCCAUACAGGAGAGAAACCCCACAAAUGCUCGGAAUGUGAUAAAUGUUUUUCCCGGAAAGUUACUCUCUUGAAGCAUCAGAGAAUCCACACUGGAGAAAAACCAUAUAAAUGUCUGGAGUGAGGGAAAUCUUUCCUGCAAACUUCAGAAAUUUGCGGGCACACUGUAACUCACACAGGAGAGUGACCUUACAAAUGUGUAGAGGGCGAGAAACCUUUUCGUUGUAAAUCAUAGCUAAAAAUGCAGCAGAAAGUCAAUAGCAGAGAUACAUCUCUUCAGUUGUGAAGAAAGUUAGGAAUACUUUUUUUCAAUAAUGACACCUCGCAACUCAGCAAAAACUUCACUCCGUGGCAGAAACGAAAUCCUGCAAUUGUUUAGAGUGGGGACAAUGUUUUUCCUAGUCAAGUAACCUUAAA